AUGGAGAACUGGAAAAACUACGCUCUUUCAAAGGAAGAAGAAGAAGGCGUGGUUGCGGAUGAGGGGGAAGUGUUUGAAGACGAAUCGAUCCAGAGAACCCUCGCUGGAAGACUGUGGACAGAAAGCAACUUUAACUCUAGAGCUUUCAAAAGCACGAUGGUGAAUGCAUGGAAACUGAAACACACUGUGGAAGUUCAAGAUCUAAGCAAAAACUUGUUUCUCUUCAAGUUCAGUUCUAGGAGAGACAUGGAGUAUGUUCUUAAAUCCGGGCCCUGGAGUUUUGACAGAGCUCUCCUGGUCCUAAAGCGCAUCUCUGGAGAAGAGCAACCGUCGGAAUUGGAUCUACACUUUAGUUCUUUCUGGGUAAGAAUUUAUGAUCUUCCUCUAGUUCUCAAAUCUGAUACUAUGGCAAAAAAGCUGGGGAAUAUCAUUGGUACCUUUGAAGAAAUGGAUGCAAAAGAGGCACACAGGAACGGUAGAUUUCUGCGGGUUAAAGUCACUUUGGAUCUUAAGGAACCAUUGAAACGUGGCACUGUUGUUACGUUUAAGGAGAAGAAGAUUAGAGUCCACUUCAAGUACGAAAGGCUCCCCAUUUUCUGCUUCAUAUGUGGGCGAAUGGGUCACCAAAUAAAGGAUUGUGAGGCUAUCGAAGAACUUAAUGAGGAGGGAUUCGAAGACAUUGAAGAACAAGAUCUGGCUUUUGGACAAUGGCUGAGGGCGUCUCCUCUACCAAAAAUCACUGAUGAAUCGAAGAAGCGUGAGUCCAGUUCCAGUUUAAGCAGUAAGGAUCUCUUUAACGUGUCUUCUAGCCAAAGUCGAUGCGAGACUAAGGGGAAGGAUAAAGAAGAGGAGGCAGAAGUUCAACUAAUCACUGCUGCUGCAAACAAUCAGAAUAGAGAAAAUAAAGACGAAGAGGUAGGACCAAAAAACCAGGUAGAUGUCGAAACUGUUGCUGAAACGCUAGGUGCGGUUAUGUUGUCUACAGGAAUGAACAAAACACAGGCUAGUGUACAAACAGAACCGGCUCAAAAAAAAUGGACGCGAAGAAAACCUUCAAAGACUUCUGGAUCGACAUUGGUGAAGGCCUCAAAGCCAAAGAUAACCAAGCGACAACUAGUGGAUGUUAUGAUUUCUGAAGGCCCACUGGAUGAGUUGGUUAAUGGCGACAAAAAGAGAAAGCAAGCUUUUGAGGGCAGUGAUAUCCCUGACAACUUCCCAGAGGUGGUGUUGGAGAGCCAGCACCGCCUUCCCCAAUGA